UUCAAGGUGCACUAUAGUGGAUAGGAGGAGAAAGUGUUUGGGCAUGGGAAUCAUCAAAUGACAAGAUAUAUCGCUUUUACUUCCUCCGCUUGCACAAUCAAUAGUGGGUGGUUCAAUCCAUUGAAAUUGAAUUUGGGUUCUUUCCUUCUACCCUAUUCCAUUUCUCCACUUUCUUCUCAAACCAAGACUUCGAUCACUCUUCCUCGUUCUUCCUUCAAAAGAUCAUCAAUCUUCUCAGCGAUGGAUAUUUCUAGAGCUGAAUCUUCAACGGAAUUGCCACUGGGCUUGGAUACUACCAUGGUGGAUGAAUAUGAUUCUCUGUCAAAAUUGCUUUUAAAAUUCAGUUGCAUUCCUAGCAUUAAUAAAGCCUGGGUAUUCAAAUCAGAUACAGGAAAGGAUUCCAAGGCAAUGUUUUCUGUUAACCAGCCAAACCUCUUGGCAAAUAAAAUGAGAAAGUCUCUUUUAUCUGCUACUUUGAGAAAAGAUGGUGACAAUACUAUCAACUUCGAAUGGUCACCAUUCCCUGUUGAGCUGUCAGGGGUUGCGUUAAUGGUGCCUUCACCAUCAGGUUCAAAGCUGCUCAUGAUUCGAAACCCUGAGAAUGACUCCCCCACAAAACUUGAAAUAUGGGGUCCUUCAGCCAUGGAGAAGGAGUUUCAUAUUCCUCAAUCUACUCAUGGUUCACUCUACUCUGAUGGAUGGUUUGAAGGUGUUUCCUGGAACUCUGACGAAACACUGAUUGCAUAUGUUGCUGAGGAGCCAUCCCCUCCUAAACCAACCUUCAAUAAGUUUGGUUACAAGAGUGGUGGUUCUGCUGAUAAGGAUUGUAAUAGCUGGAAAGCACAGGGGGAUUGGGAGGAGGGAUGGGGAGAAACUUAUGUAAAUAAAAGGAGGCCAACAAUCUUUGUCAUCAAUAUUGACAGCGGUGAUGUACGCGCUGUUGAAGGAAUUGAAAGGUCAUUGAGUGUUGGUCAAGUUGUAUGGGCUCCAGCAACUGAAGGCUCACAGAAAAAAUUGGUCUUUGUUGGGUGGUCAUCAAACUCCAGAAAACUUGGCAUGAAGUAUUGCUACAACAGGCCUUGUGCAUUAUAUGCUGCCUGCAGUCCAUUCAAUGAGUUAACAGGUCAUGAUCCUGAUCACAGAUGCAAGGAGGACUCGGAGCUGUUGAUUUUGACUCAGGGAAUUAAUAGUGCAUUCUCUCCGAUUUUUAGUCCUGAUGGCCAAUACCUUGUCUUCUUGUCUGCCAAAGCUUCUAUUGACACGGGAGCACAUUCAGCUACAAAUUCACUCCAUCGAAUUGAUUGGCCCAGUGUUGGAAAUCCAAAUUCUUCCUCUGCAAUUGUUGAUGUGGUUCCUGUUGUGAUGUGUCCUAAGGAUGGUUGCUUCCCUGGGUUGUAUUGCUCCAGCUUCUUGCGGGAUCCAUCGCUUUCUGAUGGGCAUACUGUUAUUUUGUCCUCCAUAUGGGGAAGUACCCAAGUGAUACUUUCCGUGGACAUACUGAGCGGCAAUGUGUUACGCGUAACGCCUCACGAUUCUCCUUCUUCAUGGAAUCUUCUCUCCCUUGACAAGGAUAAUAUUAUUGCUGUAUGUAGCAGCCCAGUAGAGGUUCCAGAAAUCAAAUAUGGUUUACAUUUCAAAGAGUCUCCUGCAAGUGCUUCAUGGAGUUGGCAAGAUGUUUCUGGCCCUGUUUUUAAAUGCUCCAAGGAGGUUGAAUCCUUGUUGUCCCCUCUUCAGUUCAGCAUUAUGAAGGUUCCAGUCAAAAGUGGAUCAGGGAACUCUUCAGAAGGUGCUUCCAAACCUAUUGAAGCCAUAUUUGUCUCUGGUAGAAGAGAGAAGAAUGAAUCCUGUAACCCAUUAAUUGUAGUACUUCAUGGGGGGCCUCACUCUGUUUCAACAACAGGCUUCUCCAGGGCAUUGGCGUUUCUCUCUUCGAUUGGUUAUAGCUUACUGAUUGUGAAUUAUAGAGGUUCGUUAGGUUUUGGAGAAGAAGCACUGCAGACUCUUCCAGGGAAAGUUGGAGAUCAGGAUGUUGGUGAUGUGCUCACAGCGAUGGACUACAUAAUUAAUAUGAAAUUAGCGGACCGCUCCAAAAUCACUGUUCUUGGCGGUUCUCAUGGUGGCUUUCUGACUACUCAUCUCAUUGGUCAGGCUCCUGAAAGAUUUGCUGCAGCAGCUGCGAGGAAUCCUGUUUGUAACCUUGCUUUGAUGGUUGGUACGAGUGAUAUUCCUGAUUGGUGUUUUGUGGAAACCUAUGGGAUUGAAGGCCAAGCAAAGUUUACAAAUGCGCCCACUAAGGAACAUUUAAGUGUCCUUUAUGACAAAUCUCCUAUUGCACAUAUAAACAAGGUCAAAACACCCACUCUAUUUCUUAUUGGUGCUCAGGAUCUCCGAGUUCCAUCCAGCAACGGACUGCAGUACGCACAAGCAUUGAAGGAAAGAGGAGUUGAGAUGAAAAUAAUUGUGUUUCCUGAAGAUACUCAUGCAAUCGACAAACCGCAAUCUGACUUUGAGAGUUUCCUAAACAUUGGAGUUUGGUUCAAGAAAUACUGUAAAUAGACAGGUGCUGAUAUACUUCAUCAACACUCACACGGGGAAGGGUAUUGUUGGAAAUGUCACCUCGAUUGUUUUUUAUUUGUAUUUCUGUUUGUUUAAUUUAGCUACACCUUCCUGAGAUCUGUCAUGUUGAACAGUUGAAGUAUCUUCAUGGAUCAUCUAUUCUUGAGAAGCUGAUAAUGAUUUUAAUAAGUUGAUCUCCAA